AUGGCCCCCCUUUACCUCCGUGCACGGCCCACGCUGGCGUCCGUUCUGCGCCCAGCACACAUGUCCCGGCGCGACUUGGCUCGGAGACGCUACCCAUACUCGACGACGGGCGAUGCAGUCAAGGCCGCUGCGUCGACGGCCGCCCCCACUGCAGAGGCUGUCAACAAAGCUUCGAGUGCCGCCGGGACGGUCAAGACGGCGACGGGGACUGCCAACUCAUCUGGCUCGGGCCUGCGCGCUGCCGUCUACGCCACCGCCGUCGGUGCCACCCUGUUUGCCGUCUACUUGUACGGCACCGACACACGCGCCUCGGUGCACCGCUGGAUCGUGCCGCCGCUGAUCCGGACGCUGUGGCCGGACGCGGAGGAUGCGCACCACAUUGGCACCGAGGCCCUCAAGGUGCUCUACCGACUGGGCCUCCACCCCAGGGACCGGACCGACGACAUCCGCACGAACGUGCUCGAAGGCCGCGCCUUUGAGUAUGCCCUGUCGAAUCCCAUUGGCAUUUCCGCCGGCCUGGACAAGGACGCCGACAUUCCCGACGCGCUGUUUGACCUGGGCGCCGCCGUCGUCGAGGUCGGCGGGUGCACGCCGCGCCCGCAGGCCGGCAACCCGCGGCCGCGGCUAUUCCGCGUGCCGAGCGUCGCGGGGCUGGUGAACCGCUACGGCCUCAACUCAGUGGGCGCGGACGCGCUGGCGGCGCGGCUGCGGACGCGGCUGCGGGCGUAUGCGCGCGCCCACGGCAUCCGCGAGGCAGACGUGCUGUCGGGCGCGGCGGGCGUGCCCGUCGGGUCGCUGCGGGCGGGCAAGGUGCUGGCGGUGCAGAUGGCCAAGAACAAGGACACGGACGAGCACGACGUGGCGGCGGUGGCGCAGGACUACGUCUACUGCGUGCGCCGGCUGGCGCCCUACGCGGACGUGCUGGUCGUCAACGUGAGCAGCCCCAACACGCCCGGGCUGCGCGACCUGCAGGCGGCGGCGCCACUGACGCACAUUCUGGCGGCCGUCGUCGACGCGGCCCGGGCCACGGCGGCCCCCGCGACCAGCGCGGCGGCGCACACGGCCGCCGUCGAGUCCGGGCUGCAGACGCUGCGGGCCCGCCCGCCGCGCGUCAUGGUCAAGGUCUCGCCGGACGAGGACGCGGACGCGCAGAUUGACGGCAUCGUCGAGGCCGUCAUGGCCAGCGGCGUCGACGGCAUCAUCGUCGGCAACACGACCAAGCGCCGCGACGGCCUCGUGCCCGACAAGCUGCGGCUGCGGCGCCACGAGGAGGCCAACCUGCACGAGACGGGCGGUUUUUCGGGCCCGGCCAUGUUCGGCCGGACGCUGGCGCUCGUGGCACGGUACCGGCAGCGGCUGGACGAGCAGACGCGGAGCGAGGCGGCUGGUGGUGGUGGACCAAACACGGAGCGCAAAAUUCUGUUUGCUUCGGGUGGCGUGACCGACGGCGACCAGGCGCUGCGGCUGCUGAAUGCGGGCGCGAGCGUGGCCAUGCUGUACACGGGCCUGGUGUACGGCGGUGCGGGUACGGUGACGCGCGUCAAGGAGGAGAUGCGGGCGCUGGUGGGAUCCAAGGAGGCGGCAAAGUCAUAA